GGCUGCAUUGGAAUCAGCGGCAGGUCGGAUCCAGUGGCAUAGCACGUGAUACGCAAGCUUCCAGAAUGCGCAGUAGUUGCAAGUGGUUCCGCUUGACGGCCACUCCACACCAGACUCUGUGCUCAACGAAAAGCAUCCUCUUCUUUUCAUCCUGCAGCGCGCAUCUACCUAAACCAUGAACGGCAACGGAAAUCACAGCCAAGAGCGCUAUCUUAUCUUUGGUGCGAACGGAUGGAUCGCAGGAUUGUUGAAGGAGCUGUUGGAGAAGCAAGGCAAGGAGGUGAAGGGCACCCUUGUCAGACUGGAAGAGAGAGAGGCGGUCUGCAAAGAACUGGACGCCUACAAGCCAACGCGCGUCUUCAACUGCGCGGGAGUAACAGGUCGACCAAACGUCGAUUGGUGCGAAGACAAUAAGCAGGCCACUAUUCGUAGCAAUGUGAUUGGAACGCUCAAUCUCGCGGAUUGCUGUUUCCUGAGAGGAAUCCACAUGACAAACUUUGCGACCGGAUGUAUUUACACCUACGAUGAAAAGCACAAGGAACACGGUGUCGGAUACACCGAAGAAGACGAACCCAACUUUGCUGGAUCUUACUACAGCUUCACCAAGGCUAUGGUGGAGAAGAUGAUCAAGGCCUACGAUAAUGUCUUGACACUUCGGCUUCGUAUGCCCGUAUCAGAUGACCUGAAUCCUAGAAACUUUGUCACCAAGAUUACAAAGUACGAGCGAGUAGUGGACGUUCCCAACUCCAACACUAUCCUCCACGAUCUCCUUCCCGCGUCGAUUGUAAUGGCGGAAAAUAAAUUGACCGGUGUCUUCAACUUCACGAACCCAGGUGCCAUUUCGCACAACGAAGUGCUUGCGCUCUACAAGAAGCAUGUAGACCCCAACUUCACGUGGAAGAAUUUCACAGUGGAAGAGCAGAGCAAGAUCCUCAAGGCGGGCAGAAGUAACUGCGAAUUGGACACAACCAAGUUGACAACUACGUUGGCAAAGUUUGGUAUUACGGUUCCUGAGAUUCACGAAGCGUACGAUGCAUGCUUCCAGCGCAUGGCGGCGAACUUGAAAGCUGCUAAAUAGUUUGAUAAGGCGUGCUGCAAAGGAUGAGUAGGGUUAUGUCAAGUAGACGAAACCAGGGAUCCUGCAAUGUUAUUUUCGUAGAUAGGAACGCUCUUAACUUUGUACUUGUUUCUUAAUGAAAGAGUGAGGACGCAUCAGCAGAUUCAAUGGACGAAAAUUGAUACAAAUGUUCUACCAACUCCCUACUCUAGCCUAGAAUCCCUUGUUUGCUAGCAUAGUAGCAAUUUCAAGAUACAACUCAAUGGCGUUGAAUUUGCUCUCUUCGA